AUGCGGAAGACGGUCCUCGAGCUGAAGGGCAAGACACCGGCACACAUCGAAGAGGUACUUGGCCGCUGGCCGCUCCGCCGCUCGACGAAAAAGAGUGGUAAAGGUGUCGGCUCGCAGGUCACGUUUCACAUCAAUGGCCAAAACACCGUUGCGGUGCCGGGCAUCUAUGCCUGUGAUGACAAUUCACAGUGGCGCCGGUGGCGCAACACGGUCCCGGCCACUGGAGGGACGGACCUCCUGGCUCCGCAAUGCUGUGAGUACCUGGCCGCGCUGCUGCGUGGCGAUUCGCGUGUGCUCAAGGAGCAUGGCAUAGAUGAGCCACCGAGCCUGGUCAUCAUGGAGGCAUGCACUGUGGCCAAAGUUGUCAAGAUGGACGUGCUUGACGCCCUGCUCGAGUCGCCGCGGUUUGAGGUGCUGCAGCUCACCAAGCCGCGUGCGGAGGCAAUUGCGGCGUUUGAAGCACGUGGACGUGAGCAUGACAGUGGAGCCGUCAAGAAUGUGCCUGCUGAGAAGGUCCAUGACAGGUACGUUGGGGAGGUCACUCGCAUCAAGGAGGCACUUGAGGCGCGCGCGCGUGCCCAGGGGAAGGAGCUCGCCGCAGGCUGGUGGAGUUGCAUGACGCAGGCUGAGGCAAUGAAGGUGGUGGGAGCGAGGCUUGUGGAGGUGGCCUGA